CGUAUCUUAAUCUGGCUGGACAACGUCUGUCAUCCCAGAGCCAGAAAAGCAGCACUGAGGGCCACGGCCUUGCUGGCUCGUUCCCACCCCCAGGACGUGGUUCUGAGCUGUGUGGCACACACGCUGUCCUCGGACAGAUGUGCCAUUGAGCUGUGGAAGGCCCUGGGGGAAGAACCACAGCUCCCCAGGGAGGUGCUGCAGCAGCUGCUGGACAAGCUCCAGCAGAGACACCGGGAGGAGAAGAGCGGCAAUGUGUCUCUGGCUGCAAUGAGGACCAUUUACGAGGUCCUUUUCCUAUGGGGAUACCGAGAAGCCAUCCUGGAAAUGUAUCCCUAGAUGCUCAUCCUCUGCAUCAGGCAAGUGCAGUAUGUGAUGGAUCUGCACUUGCCAAGGACCCCUGAGCAAAUCUGUGGGCCUCUGUCCCAGAACGUGGACAGAGCCACACCAGCAGCACAUGGGACCAGGCACCGCAGGAUGUCAGUGUCACAGGUAAACAGGAGGAAGAGGGACCAGUUCAACUGGUUCUGUGGGCACAGUUAGGGGCCUCCAUCUACAUGGGAAAAAGAGAGCGCCAGAAGACACCUCAGGUGGUGUAAACUGACACAGCUUUGCUCGCUUAUGCCAACUAAGGAUCUGGCCCCACAUGCCUGCUUGAGUCCUGUUACCUGUCACAGUAAAGAAUCAAGUAUUCAACCGCAUUGAGUGAUGACAUCAACCAUCUUCAGAAGCUACAGUGUCACUAACUGGUUACAAACUCAAUGGAACUGCAGUGUCGACAGGGCCCAUUGGGCAGGGAAGCACCAUGAUAUCACACUAGAUCUAUCCUUGGGGAGGCUAGCUCCUGCUGUCCAUACUGUGUGUGCCAGGGCAUGUGCAGAUUUGCCAUGCUUGGGGCUGAUCUCUUUACCUGACACUGGUAUUUUUUGUCUUUAGCACAUCGGUGGAGGCUGUGAAGACUCUUUUUUCCAUGCCUGGAGACUGGAAGGAAUUUGCUGGCAUCCAGUUACAGCAGAGUUGAGACAUGAUAGCCUCCCGCAAUUACUACUCGCAGGGUGUUGGCGUGAUUGCAAGAGCCAUGAUCGAGUUUGAGAACCCUCAGCUCCCUGCAGCUUUCAGAGAGGCCGUCAGCAUUGUCCAGAGUGAGAAGGAGGAGGAGCAGAGAAAUAUCGCCAUGACUUUCUGCACUGAGUUUCUUCAGAGUGCUUCUAUUGCCACGACAGUGACAAAAUCAGACCUCCGGGCGCAGUUCAUGGAGUAGAUCAAAGACACAAAUCCCAUCAUACGCAGGCUCAGUCUAC